AUGGAUGCCCAGAAUCAAGAACUCAACUCCGACAUCUGCGUCGUAGGAGCAGGACCACUUGGUCUUCUAGCUCUGAAGAACCUUCGCGAACAGGGGCUCAACGCAAAAGCGUUUGAAAGACAAGAGUACGUUGGUGGAACAUGGCAUGCGUCAAACAAUAUCGAGCAGACAACUGCAUUGGAGUACACGACAGCCAACACCUCCAAGCAAUGUCCCAGUGUUCCAUUACUGAUUUUCCUAUGCCCGAUGGUAAGCCAGCCGUACAUUGCUCCUGUGGCCGUGGAGCUCAUAGUAUUUCUAGAUUUCCCUGUGCACCCCCCUCAGAAGGAUCUCGAAAGAUACUUCGAAUCUUACGCCGAACAGUUUGGCCUGUAUCCGCACAUACGAUUCUCAGUCUCAGUCGACCAUAUAGAACGCGAUGAGCCACGAAAAGCCUGGAGGGUCUUUCUCAAGGAUGUUGAGACGGGGGUUGGAGAGGUCAGAACAUUCGGUCGUGUAGUUGUCGCUACAGGCAUGCUCAAUACCCGCCAUCUCCCCCACGUGAAAGGUCUAGAGAAGUUCUCUGGGGAUGCAAUUCACUCCCGUCAGUUUAAAGACGCCUCCAAGUACCAGGGCAAAAACGUGGUUGUCGUAGGUAUUGGGGCAACUGGUGUGGAUUCGACCUCGUUCUUGGUCAAAGCUGGGACCAACAAGGUCUAUCUUAGCCAUCGUGGCACCGUCUUCGUGCUCCCCAGGAGAGUCAAAGGCAAGGCCUUUGAGCACACAUUGAGUCGUCGUGUGUCUAUUUGUGUGAGAACAAUAGGCAACAUCAUGCCGAAUAUUUUUGCAGGUCUCAUGACCAAGAUGAUGAUCAAUAUGCGAGAUAAAGAAUGGCCACAUUUGAAGGAAGUAUUCGGUACCCGACCAGUUGAUGGAGUCCUACAUCGAGUUCCAUUGUUCUCCGAGCAUCUGGCCGAUAACCUCAAAGAUGGCACAGUCAAAUCUGUCCAGGGCAUCAAGGAAGUAACUGGUCCCAAGACUAUUACUCUUACGGACGGCACGGUUUUGGAAGACGUCGAUGCCAUCAUUUUCUGCUCGGGCUAUGGCUAUGACUUUUCUAUCGUCAAGGGCCCUGGGGAUCCGACCAACCCAGCCAUUGCCCCUGACCACCACAAGCGGAUUGAAGCGACCAAGUUCUACGGCGAGGAAAGCAAGUUUGCACGUCUUUUCCAUGGCUUCGUCUCGGAACAGUUUCCUGAGUCGUUGGCUUUUCUUGGUCAUAUGAUUAUCAUGAGACCUCCAUUCGUACUUUAUGAUCUCACUACCAUGGCUCUGGCGAGCUUGUGGUCUGGAGACUACCCCAUGCCGUCUGCCGAAGAGAGGCGUAGGGAUAUUGAUGAUCACUAUGAUUAUCUUGUCAAGACACUCCAGAGAGGCCCGGCUCCUCAUCCUGGAUUUCGGUGGAGGGCCAAGCCAACUUACGAGUUUCUGAACCAAGCAGCAGGUACAGGAGUCACCGAUCGCUUGGGGUGCUUCACUUGGGAAGCCUGGAAGCUGUGGUGGAACGACCGAAAGUUUUACAACUUGCUUAUGGACGGAACUGAUGUGCCAGCGGUUUACAGAUUGUUUGACACAGGUCGAGGUCGCAAGCCUUGGCCUGGAGCCAGAGAGUCUAUAAUGAAGACAAACCAGGAGGUGAAAGAGCUAGGAGAGCAGUGGAAGAGGGAGAAUAGGGGCACAGACCACACGUAA